AUGUCUCGUGAAGCUUCAUUACAUACAAAAACCACGCAAGUCACAUUCAUAGAAAAGUUGAACGAAGGUCAGAAUAGAAAACAUUCUGAAGCAGGUAGCUUGUUCUAUUCUAGCAGUAUUGCUUCGACACUGAAACUAAUUGACGUGAUCUCUUUCACGACAAGUCUCAAAAGAGACAAAGGUUCAACUCAAUUCAUUCUUGGGUAA